CUGAAAAUGGCAGCGCAGAGGAAGCACCUGGUCAAAGAUUUUAACCACUUCAUCACCUGCUACGUGUGCAAAGGGUACCUGAUCAAGCCCACCACAGUGACGGAGUGCCUCCAUACCUUUUGUAAAAGCUGCAUCGUCCAACACUUUGAAGACAGCAAUGACUGCCCGAAGUGUGGCAUCCAAGUUCACGAAACAAACCCCCUAGAAAUGUUAAGGCUGGACAACACUUUAGAAGAAAUCAUAUUCAAACUUGUGCCUGGGCUCAGAGAAAAGGAACAACAACAGGAGAUUGAAUUUUGGAGGAAGAACAAGUCAAAAGAGAACGGCGAAGAGGAUGGCCCCAGACCCAAGAAGCCCAGAAUGGAGGAUGAGGAAGAGGAAACCGGGGACCAGGACUACCACAGGAGUGACCCCCAGAUAGCCAUCUGCCUGGACUGUCUGCGUAACAACGGGCAGAUGGGAGAGAACAUCGUCAAGGGCUUAAUGAAGAAAUUUAUACGCUGCUCCACUCGGGUGACCGUCGGAACAAUUAAGAAGUUUCUUAGCUUGAAGUUAAAACUUCCAAGUUCUUACGAGCUGGAUGUUCUAUGCAAUGGCGAGAUCAUGGGGAAGGACCACACCAUGGAGUUCAUCUACAUGACCAGGUGGCGGCUCCGGGGGGAAAACGCUUACCCGAUGGUACUAGAAUAUCGACCACGGAUUGACUUCGGUUAAGGUGGAAGAGGAGAGGCUUAAGUACGGACGCCUGCACUAACUCCAACCCAUCGACAGAUCGCACAAUGAAUGGACAUGUGGGGUGGGGGGGGGGGGGACGGGGGCGACCAACACAUUCUUCCAGUUCUUCAACAGCUCCACAUCCGCAUGCAGACGCAGUUCCUUCUUGGCCUUAUCUUCAUUUUUCUCCUUUGGUUCUUUGUCACAUCGUUCCUCUUUGCUUUUAUUUCUCCUCUUCCUGUUUUAUUUGAUUUUGCCCCACGCAGAAAGAGAUAAUGAGACAGCGUUAGCGGUGAAAGGUAUUUUUAAGCGUACGAAUGUGUCCUGUGAAUUCACACUUCCCGUACUGAUGCAAAGGGGGAGAGAUUUCCAGGUCACAUGUUUGGUGAAACAUCAGCUCCAGUGGAGCUGUAUCACGGUGUGUCCCACACUGUGGUAACCAGGGAAACAGCACUGUUAGAGAAAAUAGUUCAAAACGACUCCUCUUUGUUAAGAAUAAUGUCAAAUUUGAUAAUCCUUCAAAGCCUCGAGUAAUGUCUCAUUUUCAAAAGUAAUUUGCUCAAGUGGGAUAGCCUUCAUUCUCGAAGAAAUUCACACUUCUAGGUAGUGCUUAAGCUUGAAUGGUUGCACUCUUAACCACUACUUUAAUUCAUUUUCCUGUAAGAUACUUUAUAUUAUACCUUUUGAUGAAGUACAGGUGCUCAGUCCUGUGUGGAAAUCUGCAUGUCAGUAGGGAAGGUUUGUUUCAGAUUGAGGGUAGAAGGGUAUUUUUUAUACAUUUCUAAAAAUUAUAACAGAAUAUUACAGAGGUGUUUCUCUGAAUAUGCCUGUGUCCAAAGGGAAAAUGCUGACCAUUUUCGAACAUUAUGACUAAUGUAAAAGUUACCCCAUACGCGAUAUAGUAGACUCACUCUGAACACUCGAGCACUGACUACUUAUGCCCAUGGCAAAGGGACCAAUAUGUUGGACCUGACCAGUUGCUUUAGGACCACAACACUGAAACAAUCGAUAUGCUUUUUCAGAGUUAGUAUGUUUUUUUCCCUUCUCUUUGUCCAAAACUCUAUGAUAGUGGCUCAUAACAAUCUCUUAGUUGAGACCUUUCCCAGCAUGCCUCUGUGGCACACUGUGGGAGCCAGGCUGACUUGCACAUGCCUGGGUAAUGAGCAUAGCUGUAGGCCUGACAUGCAGCCUUUUACCCAACUAUGGACCCAUAUGUUAGGCAUUGUAGAUAUAUCAGAGUAUUGUACCAGUUUAUACACACCUACCAAACCACCGGUACGUUUUUGAUUCUAGAAUGAGAGUAAGAACUACUCUGGUGGAAUUUGCUCAUAUAUCCACUUCUGUAUGUUUUUAAUCUACAUGAUUUAAUUCUGUAACUUAUUAUUACAGUCAUUCCCAAUGCAAGGGAAGUGAAAGGAGAGUUGCUGAAGGAAGUACGACAAUGAGAAAGCUGUCCCUGAUCUUGGAAACAACAUAGUUGCCUGUAAAUGUUUGUUUGCCCGUGGGGCUCUGUGGUUGACUUGUAUGUGAUGGAGAUUUGUACAGACUUCUGUUUUACUGGACUCUUCUGAUGAUCCAGUUAAUCGAACUUUAACGAUGAUGGAUUAACAAGGUUUAACGAUGCAGUGUUUAAGCUGCCACCACCCAGACCUGUCUCUGACUCACAGCAGUGCUCUCGGGAGGCCCUAGACUGGGGGGAGUCUGUUUUAUGUAGUGGUAGAGGGUAAGUGGACACUGGCACAGUGUUUUUAUUUCACUCAUUACCGAGUGAGUCAUCCCACUCGCUUCUCGGUGACAUGUCUUAAUCAUGGCACGACCAGGAAGUCUUUCUGGAUGAUUGGCAGCAGGGCAGGAAAAAGGGGUUAUCAGCAGCAAGCUAGCAUGGCUCCCGUCAGAUGAGGGGGCAGACACUCACGCCAGGCAUGGAAAGGGCUCCAAGUGACCUGCCACCCCUGCAAUGCCACCAGUCUGCAAAAAAAAAAAAAACAUAACCUGAAUGCAGCAACUUCAUCUUCACAGCAAUGAUGCAUUUCUUAAGUCUUGAGUCAUUCGCUGGCAAGGACAAGCAAGUGUUUUCAGAGAGAAGCCCGGGCGCUCCUCCCCAGCCAGACUGCAAUAUGAUUACCCAGGCGGCUUCUCCUGACAAUCUUUUGAACUGGUAAUAGCUUUUUUGGCACCAGGCAGAGGAGUAUUGAUGGGGUUUUUAGUCAGAUGGAUUUGAAUGUAAAACUGUUGUUUUCGUGGACAGUAUCCCUUGGUAUCUGAGAGCAUAGGCUGCGAGGGUGACCUACAUUUGCCUAGAUUUCAUCAGAUGUCUGUUCUUAAUUAACCUCUUGAAAAUAUUUUUAAAGAGAUACCACUAUUAUAUUUUUCCACUGUGAUUGUAUAAUUGUGAAGAGGUUUGCUACAUUCUUUUAAUUGUAUUCAUAUCAGUCCAUUAUCAGUACAUUAUUUCCAUAUACUACCAUGUAAAGUAAAAAAAAUUGUAUGUAAUUGGUAUCAAAAUGAACUUCAUUUUUUGAAGUGGAAACAUAUGAAAUGUUUUUGUGGUGUGAGGUGCUGUAGAGAGCUACAGAAUGUUUCACUGCGGGAUCAGGCCACUCUUGUGUGGCUGUCCUUAAAAACACCAAAGACACUGAAUUGGGACAGGUUUUUUCAUCUUGUUUUCUUACAGUGGGGAAAAAAUCAGACAUGUUAUAACAGUAAUUUCACUUAGGUAGAAUGAAAAGCUCCAACUCCAGAUGUAGGGAUAGAUUUAGAGAUAGUUGUACAACAGAAACAGAAAGCAUUCCUUAAUGAAGGCUACAUUGGUUUUUCAAAUGCAGUUUGUCUGUAUUAAAUCUUUUUUUGUUGUUUGAUCUAUUCGUGUGGAGAAAAAUUCACGUUAUCUUCCAUAUACCCACAUGGGAUUUGGGUUCUAAAUUUGAAAGAAGAUAUGCAGAUGUUUUACCUGAACAUAAGUGUGUGUGGACAAAAGCCUGAGCCAGAAAGCACCUGUGGAAGCUCUGAGAUGGAUGUGAUGAAAAAGGCCUUGUACAGAUGUCUUUACAAAUCUCCGACAUAGCAAAAAUCUCCACCAUUACCAACUAGGAACACCUUCAUUUCAUCUGUUCUUAUCACUUGUCCUUUCCAACAGAGCCUAAGAAACUGUAUGUCAGCUUCUUAUAAUAAUCUUUUCACACGUGUGCUUUUACUUGUUUAAGGUGUCUUUGAAUAGUGUUUAUAAAAACUACUUUGAA